AUGCAACUUAGUGUCGCUACACUUGGACUUGGCUUCAUCCUCUGUACUGCUGCGCGCUCACAAACCUCACAUAUCAAUAAUAUCAAAAAUGUCGUCGUGCUUGUGCAAGAGAAUCGGUCAUUUGACACUCUCGCCGGCGGUUUCACCUACAAUGCGACAAUUGAUGGAUUGGUUAAUCAUACCUAUUGUAACCCAGCAGAUACACUGAGCUCAACCUCAAGCAACUUUUGCGCGGCCGAUACAGCAAAAAACAUUGUCAUAAUCUCCCCCGAUCAUUCUAUUACAGGUGGCAAUAUGCAAAUUUUCGGCGAGUAUCAUCCGUCUACCGAUGCGAACUCGUCUAUGAAUGGGUUUAUCACUGAGCAAAACCGGAUUUACCACUUGAAAAACAAGCCGGUGGUGACUGAAGUGAUAAAUUACUACAACCCAGACCUCGUUCCCGUCACCAAUGCCAUGGCGGAGAAUUUUGUACUUUUCGACCGCUGGUUUGCCUCAGUACCCGGAGCAUCGAACCCAAACCGCGCAUAUUUAACAUCUGGCACCUCAUACGGACAGGGCCAGGAUAAAGGGCUAUUCUAUCACUCCGGCUUACCCCAAACUUCGAUCUUCCAGCAACUAUCAGAGAAGAAUGUCACAUGGAUCAACUACGAAAAUACUACCAACUUAGGAAAGUCAAGCUCCCCGCCGGAUUCAUUAUUUUACAAAUGGACUACGAAGUCAGGAAAGAGCAAGACCAACGUUCUACCUAUUGAUCGCUUCUACCAAGAUGCUAAAUCUGGCGCGCUACCACAAUUCACGUGGAUCAACCCAGAGUGCUGUAAAUAUAUGUCCAUGCAUCCAAAGUCCCCAGUCAAUAUGGGCGAGAAUUUCAUGAAAGGUAUCUACGACACACUACGGAGCUCGCCGCAAUGGAACCAAACCCUCUUGAUUAUCACCUGGGAUGAACACGGAGGAUUUGGCGACCAUGUACCUCCUCCCACCGGUGUUCCGGCCGGCGACCAUUUGACCUAUACCGAGAAGGCUCCUGAUGGGAAGAAAUAUAAGUUCCAUUUUGAUCGCCUCGGCGUUCGCGUCCCCACCAUAUUGAUAUCACCCUGGGUGGAAAAGGGCUUGAUUCAGAACAGACCCAAGUCGGGCAAUAAUGAUUUUACACACACCUCCAUCCUCAAGUUCAUGUCUGAGCUCUGGGGACUUGACAGCCUGAGCCCGCGUGUGGAGUGGUCACCUUCCUUUAGUGAUUUAAUCACCAACCACCUACGGAACGAUACCCCACGGGAGAUGCCAAAUGCGGCUGGAUAUUGA